AUGGAGCCUAACACCAGUAAUGCAAAUUCCACAAGUCAAGAAAACAACAAUAGCAACAUUUGUGAUAAUAAAAAUGAAAUAGAAACAUCGACAACUUCCUUAACGCCAACAAGAACUGCAAGGGUAAUAGCAAGAAGAGUUUCAGGUAAGGUAUGGAAACACCCAAAAAGCGCCACGCGUCGGUCUCAACUUCCUCGAGGUCUAUCGAAAACCUGGGAACAAAGGUUAGAAGAGCGACGUGCACAACAGGCUGUAAAGACAUUACAAAAAGAAUUAAAAGAAGAAAAGGAAGCGAAGAAACAGCGAGCGCGUGAGGCGUUACUAAAAAGACGAAAAGCAGCAGAGGAGAAAGAAAGAUUAGAGAAAUUGGCGGCUAUGUAUUCGGCAAAGAAACUAAAACGGCUACAAAAGAAGAAGGAAAAAAAUUUUGUAACAAUCGCAAUGUCUUCGCGAAAACAUCCAAGCCCAUCUAGCUCUGAAGUUUACGUAAGCAAUGCAAAUAAAAAAGUGCGAAUUUCUAGUGCAUCUGAAUCCACUUUGGAUAAUGCGCAAGAACAACAUUUGCCCUUCACUGCUUUUCCAGAUAACAUACUCAACAAGCAAUACACUCUUCCUGACUAUGUUACGAAUUUUCGAACUGCUUUUCGUAAUCGUCAUGACUUUUAUGACACUGAAACAACAAGCAAAGUUUACUCGCACCCUUUUCCAAUUGCUGUACUUCCGCGAUUGUUUUCUGACUCGUUUUUAGAAAAAGUGAAACAAGAAUUAGUGACUGAGGAUUUCACAUACCGUUCAAAUGACCUUUACGAGUUUUAUCAGAGUAAUAGUCUGGAAGGUGUCGAAAAGACUUACUUGUCACAGUUGACAAGAGUUAUAUAUUCUGAAUGGUUUGUGAGGUUGAUUGGUGGAUUGACAGGAGUGGAGGUUGAUGGUGAAACGAUUGAUUUGUCGGCGCAUAUUUAUAAACAGGGAAGCUACUUGUUAUGGAAGAAAAAUGGUCAUAUUGACAUGAGAAAACUGAUGAAUGAUGGAAGGAGUGGUAGGAGGAUCGCUUUUAUCAUUUAUCUGGUUGAUGAAAAUUGGGGAAAAGACGAUGGAGGCACGUUGGAUUUGUUUGAUAUAGAUUCCCAGGGUCAUCCUAAUAAAGUGAAAAGGUCAAUAAUUCCAGAAUGGAAUUCCAUGGCAUUUUUCGAGGUAAGCCCCACCUCCUAUCAUCAAGUUUCAGAAGUAUUAACCCCCACGAAACCGCGGAUCUCGAUAUCGGGCUGGUUUCAUGGUUCACUUAAAAGUCGACUGUCAAUCGCUGAAUAUCGAAUGGUUGACGAAUUAUCGCGGGAAGAGGAAAGCUUCGACAUAGCGGAAUUUAUUAAUGAGGAAUAUUGGUCAGAUGAGGCACUCGAUAAUCUUUUGAAAAUGAUUCAUUUGAAUGGAUCGGUGGAAUUGCGUGGAUUUUUAAAGGAAGAAGUAUAUGUGCGAUUAUUGGAAAGUCUCGCGAAAGAUGCCGAAUGGGACGAGAAUCCAAUCGGACCACCGUUCUCCAAAGCUCCUCUCCCUGCACCAUUUCACGCACGUGUCGAAAAAUUCUUUCAAUCGUCGGCUUUCCGAAUCUAUCUUGAGAACUUGACACAUCUCAAAUUUGGCGCCGUGUCAUCUGAAAUGCGGCAAUUUCGUCGCGGAAAUUAUAUAAUCGCGCAUGAUCAAGCAGCUGAUCAUGCCGGUGUUGAUGUUAUAUUCUCAUGCAUACGAGAGAAAUGGGAUGAAGAAUGGGACGGAGCUACUAUAUAUUAUGCGGAACAUAAAGAAUUGCCGGUGCAUGUUUUAUGGCCAAUGAGAAAUACAUUGACCGUUACCGAGCGGAUUGAUGGAAUUCACAAGUUUGUAAAGUAUAUUAAUUGCAAGGCUGAUUCUCCGCGAACAGAAAUGGCUUUUAUUUGGAUAUCGGAACAUGUUGACGAUGAGUUUGAUGAGAACGAAGAGCUUGAGCAGGUUUUGAAUGAAGAGGAGGAAGAGGGAAAUUGGGACGACAGUAAUGGAGAGGAUAAAGAAGGAGAAAAUUAUGAUAUUUUGGAUGAAAAAGAUUAA